UUCUUAUUUAAAACUAGUGAUAUUAGGUAAAAUGUCUUGGCUAGGUAGUAGAUGUUUAAGUGGGAUAUAUUUAUUAUUUUAUCUAUACUAUAUGACAGGUAGAUAUGGUUGUUAUUGUCAAGAGGAAUGUAAUAAGGGGUGCACGGAUACCGGAUGUAAUAAUACGACAGGUGUCUGUACAGAAUGUAUACCGGGUUUAUUUGGUACAAACUGUACAAAGGAUUGCAAUAAUUGCAUAGGCGACUGUGACAAAAUCAACGGAUAUUGUGCUAAAUGUAAAGAAGGUUUUCAUGGUAAUAACUGUCAAGAUAAUUGUAGCAGUGGAUGCACUAACAGUGUUUGUAGUAAACCUACUGGCGAUUGUACGGAUGGAUGUAAAGAUGGAAGAUUUGGUUCAGACUGUAUGAAAAUAUGUGAUAUUACUAACUGUCUAAAUAACUGUAGCAUAACUACAGGUCACUGUACGGAAUGCAAAUCUGGUUGGUUUGGUACAAACUGUAAAUCAAAUUGCCCAGGAACCUGUAAAAGCGAGUGCCGCCAAGCGAAUGGUAGAUGCAACGUUUGCAAAACUGGAUUGUUUGGUGAUGGUUGCACUGAACAAUGUCCUGUCAACUGUACAGAUACCUGUCAAAGGUCUGAUGGCAAAUGUUAUGGGUGUAAACCUGAUACAGUUGGGUCUCACUGUAACGGUACGUGUAGACCUGAAUGUGUACCUAUGAUCGGAACGCCAUUGGGAACUUGUGAUAGAGAUGGCGUAUGUACUAAAUGUAUUGAAGGUAAAUAUGGUACUUUAUGCGAGAUAAACUGCAGUGUCAACUGUGUUGCCGGAUGUGCGAGAUCUGGUGGUCGGUGUGGUAGUUGUAUUAAAGGUAAAAGUGGAGAUAUGUGUAAUGACGACUGCAAUGAUAACUGUACUAUAUGUCAACAAGCUGACCCCAAUGAUUGUUCUGCAUGUAUUGAUACAAGGUGGGGAACAUCAUGUAAUACACCAUGUAGUUAUAACUGUAAUGGUAGUUUAUGUCAUCACGUGACCGGACUUUGUUUGUAUGGUUGUAAAGCGGGAAAGACUAGAGCCAAUUGUACAGAAGAUUGUCCUGCAGGUCUGUAUGGUAUGGGUUGUAAGAAUAAAUGCGGUAACUGUGCUAACAAUACACCAUGUGAUGUUGUUACUGGAGAAUGUGGAACAGUUGGAUGUUUGCCAGAUUUUACAGGAACAACAUGUCAACAACUAGCUGAAGACCUAAGCAGUGCUGCGAGUGGUAUUAUUGGUGCUGUGGUUGGAAUAAUAUUUACCAGCGUUUUUUGUAUCGUGGGAUUUGUUUUCUAUAGUAAAAGAAAACUUCAUCCUAAACUGCAGUCUUCAAGUGUAGCAAAGACAUCAACUACCAACGGAGAGUCUUAUGCCAAGUUGAAGAAAUUACCAGUUAAUAAAGAAGGCGCGUACGAAAACUUACAAACAUCGACGAUUACCAUGAACGAACAACGUGUUACGUAUGAAAACAUAGAUACAACGGUUCUUUCCAAAAAUGAUGUAAACGAUACCUAUGUAAAUUUAGAUACAAAAACAGAUUCUCAGGCUGAGUCAAAUACAUACGAAAAUUUUGGACCUAAGUAAACACCUCAACAUUAAUAUGAUAACAGACAUAGCUAUUCUAUUUAUCAAUAAAUGAUAUGGAUGCAGACCACCAAGUUUCUCUCCUUUUGCACGGCCAGUUUUGUUCUCCUGUUUUGGUUUAAAAACUAUGAGGAGGAUUUGAAUUGAUCAUGUGGCUAAGAGAUUGUAGGAUAAUAGGUAAUUUAGUCCGAAGUAAAUUUUGAUACAAAGUUGGAGCCGGGAAAAGAGAUCGGAACCAAUAUGGAGAUUAUUGGCGGUCUACAUCCGUAUAAGUAGAUUAAUCGACUUUUGUCUCCCUUCUAUUAGAGCUUUUAACGUGCAGGUCGGUUGCACUUGAUGGAUAAUUUUCCGAGUAUAGCCGUUGACUGAAAAUUGGCUCCUCAGAAAAGGACCUAACAAUUAUUUUUUUUUUUUCUAAGCAAUAUUUUUAUUCAGAUUUGUAUCUGAAUAGAGAAAGGGAACAGGCAUAGCCUAUAUUAAACCCCUCUCCCUAAGAUUCCCUAAAAAACGUUUAGAAUUAUAUAGUUUAGGUCAUUAAUCGUUAUUGAUAACAAUUUUAAUUGAAGUUUGUCUUAAUUUGUGGUAAAAAUAAGGAGCAAUUAUUUUAUGUAUAUACAAAAAAAAUCUUAAACUCAUGUGGUUAUUGAACAUACAAGUAAACAUUGACAGGUCAGAAUAAAAUGGGUUUUGGGUUGUUUUUUUUUUUAAUUUUUUUUUAAUUAUUCAUAUUAAAAUUUUAAAGUGCCCCUGAACAUCUUAUAUGAAAGGGCGCACUAUAAAUAUGCUGUAAUAAUAAUAAUAAUAGUAAUAAUAAUAAUAAUAAUUAACAUUAGUGUUACUUUGCUCUUAUUUUUUGAAAAUUUUUUCACAAGUUGUUUUCCUUUAUUUUGUUAAUGUAGAAUGGUAAUGAACUGCUCUUUUCAUUUUCUUUGUUUUAUUUGUUUCGUUUGAAUUUGAUUUAUCUGUUUAGUUUUUUGAUUGUUUAAUUUUUGUUAAUGAAGUUGAUUCUUUUAAACUUCGUUUUUUAUUUUUGAACUCUACUUGGUGUAGGUGUUCAUCAGGUAAUACCUCGACUGAGUUCAAUAUAGAGAUUAGCCGGUCGAUUUGUUGGAUAUAAACCUUUGAAUAAUAGCGCCUAACAGGCAGCUGUGUUUAAUUAUGUUCUCCUGAUUUUGAUUGUUUCUGUGUGUUUGAAGUAUAUGUUUGUGAUAUGCGCUUAGAAACACUUCACGUGUAAUGAAGCGCUAUAUAAAUCGAACAAUAAUAAUAAUAAUAAUAAUAUAGACGUGUCUAGUUUAUUGAAUUCACGCAUGAAUAAAGUGUAAAACGUC